AUGAGUAAUCGAAAUAGGAGUUUGGCAGAAAGAAGAAAUUCAAAAAGUAAAUGUAAGACUGCAAUUUCUUAACGCAAAAACUCAGAUAAUGAAGAUUAUAAUUUCUAUUAAGAAUUCUAGUUAUUCUAUCCCUAAGCUUAGGAAAUAAAGUUUACUAAAUUUGAAUAUAUGAAAGAGUUCUUUAAUUUAGGCAUAACUGAAUUUCCAUCUGAUAAAGAGAUCAAUCGUAUAUAAUAAGAGAUUCUAACAACUAGUGGUUGGAAUACAAAUCUUAAGAAGAAUUGGACACUCAACGAAAAGAAAGUACUAAUUUGGCUUAUUGGAAAAUUGAGUAUUAUGAGAAAUGAAGAUAUUAGAGAUUUAUCAUCUGAAUUAUUUGAAGAGAUAUCAAAAAUGAUAUGUAGAAGAGAUAAAGAUUAAUGCAAAUAGAAGUGGUCUCAAAUGCAAAAAAUUGCACUUCAAUAAUAACCUUUUUAACCAGAAGAAGAUAAAAAAUUAUAUGAUAUUAUUCUACAAUAUUAAUCAGUUGAUAUGGGUUAAAAAUGGAGUUAAAUUGCUUAAGAAUUAAAUUAAAAUUCAAAUAUAUAUAGAUCAAGUAAAUAAUGUAGAGAAAGAUGGCUUAAUCAUUUGAAUCCAAAGAUUUCUAAGUAAAUUAUAAAUAUUAAUUUCUAUUUAAGAUAACCUUGGACUGAUGAAGAAGAUAUAUAAUUAUUAAAUCUUGUUAAAGAAUAAGGAAGAAGAUGGGCAGAAAUAUCUAAAAUUAUGGAUGGAAAAAGAAGUGAAAAUAAUCUAAAAAAUAGAUUUAAUAGUUUAAUAAAAAGAGAAAAGGAUUUACCAGUGAUGUAUGUACAUUAUUAAAAUUAUUAUAGAUAAACUUAAAAUGGAUCAGCUACUAAUUUGGAUGAUUUAUUGUCAGGUUGCACUGGACCUGAAAUAACUGAUAUGUAAAAAUUAGCAAUUGAUGCAUUAUUAUCUAAAUUAAAAUGGAGAAGUGCUGAAAGCUAUAAUAAAAAUAUAAAAAAGAAAUCAUAAGAAUUAAUAGAUAAUAUAGAUAAUUAAGUAAGGAGACAAUCUUAAUCACGAACUUAAAUUAAUGUCUAAUAUACUAUUGGAAAUUUAGAGACUGAAUAAAAUAUUAUGGAAUUAACACCUUGUUUAGUAAAUGUAAGUAAAAACAUUAUAUAUUUUUGUACUCAAGAUUUAUUGAUUCAAUAUUUAGGUUAUCAUUAAUAGUAAUAGCAAUAAUUUAAAGAUCAAUUUGAUAAAAUUAAGAGUGAAUUAUGUGCUUUUGAUUUAGGUUUUUAAAAUUUCAGAUCUACACUCAGUAUGAUUGAAGAAAUUGAAGAACCUCUCAAAAGUUAAACACAUUUUUAACCAAAUGAUUUAGAUGGAUUCUUUAAUUUAGAAACAUCAGAAAUUAUUUCCAAACCGAUAUAUGUGAAUUCCCUUGACAUGAUAACAAAUUCGGCCAUCAAAUACUUGUAACGUUGGAAAACAGAGAGUUAAUUCAAUGAUUUGAGGAGAUCAAGCAUAUCGAUUCCGAGAUCACUUCCGAAUUUGAUAUAAAUUUAAUAAUGA